AUGGGGUACUGGAAGAAUCUCUUCAGCUUUGAUAAGCGUCGUGCUCGCCAUCGCGCUGCAGUAGAGCGCCGCAGACUUCUCCCAUCAUACAUUGCGGAUGAGCCACAGCCAUGCGACACUUCCAAAGAGAAUGCUAGAAUUGCACUGCGGUUGAAGUACCAAAUCGAACAAGUUGUGUGCUGUGAGGUCGACAAGAGUGUCUUAACCGACCCAAACAGCCGGGUUAUUACGCAAAAUGUCAUUGACACUGCUAAGCGCGCUGCUGGUGAAGAGUACAAAGCCUGUGUUGUCUACUGUCUACUCGUUUGCCUGAAAUGGUUUAAGCUCCAGGCUUCAAUUGAGCUUUGGGACGCUGAUCUUCAUGAAGUCCGAGCUGUGGCCUGCGAAGUCAUCGCCAAGCGCAUUAUCGAAUCCGAGCAAGAUCAGGAUUAUCUGCUUAAAAAUGUUUUGCUCAAGCGCUACUCGAUCUUUUCCGAUGGCUUUGAGAGUGACCCUGUCAAUGUGAUUGAGCGCUCGGUAGAUCUCCACGCGCUGAUAAUUAUCGGAUCCUCCGGAUACCAGAAAUGCAUACAGUAUCUAUGGCGUGGCUGGAUCUGUCAGGAAGAAGGUAAUCCCACGAACUUCGUGGAGUACGACCAGAAAGCCAACACCAGUUACUGGGUCCAUUUCCAUCCGGAUCGCAUGCGAACCCCUCUUUACCAGAAUGUCUGCCAGAUCGCCUUUUCUCUGGUCUAUCUUGCUGUUUACACCGCUGUGAUAAACACUGUCAACCCAACUGGUGAUAUCGACAUGGCUGAGGUUGUUCUGUACGUGAUGACGCUUGCAUUCCUCUGUGACGAAAUAGCGAAGUUCUGGAAAGUUGGGUGGAAUUACCUUGAAUUCUGGAAUGCCUUCAAUUCUACGCUCUACGCUCUCCUCGUCAUAUCCUUUGUCUUGCGCAUUGUUGCAUUGGCCCAUUCGUCUUCAAGCAGCGAUGCAGAACGGCAAAUGUUCAAUGGUUUAAGCUAUAACUUCCUGGCUUUUGCAGGACCCAUGUUUUGGAUGCGUAUGAUGCUCUAUUUGGACUCAUUCAAAUUCUUUGGUGCCAUGUUCGUGGUCCUUCGGGUAAUGAUGAAGGAAAGCUUGAUCUUUUUUGCUCUCCUAUUUGUGGUGCUGGCUGGUUUCUUCCAGGCAUUUAUUGGCAUGGCACAGGUGGAUGACGAUAUACCUAUCACUCGGCUUAUCAUCCAGGGCAUGGCGAACACUAUCAUGCAGAGCCCUGAGUUCGAGACUUUCCAGGAUUUCGCAUUCCCCUUUGGAAUCAUUCUCUACUAUGUCUUCAGCUUUGUCAUCAUGAUUGUUCUCUUGAACAUCCUCAUUGCGCUUUACAACAGUGCCUAUGAAGAUAUUUCCGGAAAUGCCACCGAUGAGUUCAUGGCAAUUUUUGCCCAGAAAACCAUGCAGUUCGUUCGGGCCCCCGAUGAGAAUGUCUUCAUCCCGCCUUUUAAUUUGAUUGAGAUCUUGUUGGUGAGCGCUCCAUUCGAAUGGUGGCUGUCGAAAAAGCAAUAUGCAAAGCUCAACGAUGUUGUCAUGGGUCUGUUAUACUCGCCUCUUCUCCUCUUGACAGCCUGGGUUGAGACUCACCAAGCCGAGCAAAUUCGUUGGAAUCGGCGCCAUGGAGAAGAGGACGAGGAAGAUCAACAGGAGUGGGAAAUGGUGGCUGAAGAUGUGGAAUAUGAGUUGGAUGACUCUUGGAAGGAAGAAGUCAAUCAAAGCACGCCUGACAUCAAGGUUGAUACAUGUACUCUUGAGGUGAGGCAGUUACGUAUGCAAGUGGAGGCAUUGACAGAUUUGGUGAAGCAGGCAAAACUCGCAGAUGACCCCCAGAUUCACCAUGCAUCCCUGCACAAUCCUCUUUCGAUACAAUGGCAUCCUUAUGUCUUCCCUUUCACCAUAAUCUGGUCUGCCUUUUUCUAUUACUAUCUGUCCGAAGAGCGAUAUGAUAUCUAUAUUCAGGGCCAGGAGUGGACCUUCGUUUGGGCGGGGUCCAUCAUCACGCUCCAGUCCCUCUUGUGGCUGAUGACCAAGUGGAACAUUGACAUCAAAACGCUUUUCACUACUACCAGAGCCAGCUCCAUUGAUACCGCCAAACUGAUUAAGGUGAUCCCGGUCACCAAUGCUGGAAUUGCUGAAAUCUGUCCCCUGAUCCACGACACCUCCGGUGGCAAAAAGACCCUUUCCUUUUUGUUCCAGAAGCGCCGUUUCCUCUACUACCCCGAAAGUGGCACAUUUGCACCCCUGGCAUAUGCUCUCGAUGCAGAGCCCAAGCCUGCUCUCAAAACCUUUCAGCAGACCAAGGGUCUCACCACCAAAGCGGAGGUUGAGAGCGUGCAGGAGCACUAUGGCGAUAACACCUUCGAUAUUCCCGUCCCUGGAUUUGUGGAGCUCUUCCAAGAGCAUGCCGUCGCGCCGUUCUUCGUUUUCCAGGUAUUCUGUGUUGGUUUGUGGAUGCUGGAUGAAUACUGGUACUACUCGCUGUUCACUCUCUUCAUGCUUGUUAUGUUUGAGAGCACCGUUGUUUGGCAGCGCCAGAGAACUCUUAACGAGUUCCGUGGCAUGAGCAUCAAGCCUUACGACGUCUGGGUUUUCCGUGAGAACAAAUGGCAAGAAACCACCAGCGACAAGCUUCUUCCCGGCGAUCUGAUGUCCGUCAACCGGACCAAGGAGGACAGCGGUGUCGCUUGUGAUAUUCUUCUUGUCGAGGGUAGUGUGAUUGUGAAUGAGGCAAUGCUCUCCGGUGAGAGUACCCCUCUACUCAAGGACUCGAUUCAGCUCCGCCCCGGUGACGACUUGAUUGAACCGGAGGGCUUGGAUAAGAACUCGUUCGUGCACGGUGGAACCAAGGUUCUGCAGGUCACUCACCCCAAUGUCAAUGGAGAGGAGGUUCUGAAGAACCUGGCCAACGGCGUUACGAUGCCCCCGGAUAACGGAGCUCUCGGUGUGGUUGUCAAGACUGGAUUCGAGACCAGCCAGGGUAGCCUUGUGCGCACUAUGAUUUACUCCACUGAGCGUGUUUCCGCCAACAAUGCUGAGGCUCUGUUGUUCAUUCUCUUCCUGCUGAUUUUCGCGAUUGCCGCCUCUUGGUACGUGUGGCAGGAGGGUGUAAUCAAGGACCGCAAGCGCUCAAAGCUCCUUCUAGACUGUGUCCUUAUCGUCACCAGCGUCGUUCCCCCGGAGUUGCCCAUGGAGUUGAGCUUGGCGGUCAACACCAGUUUGGCUGCUUUGAGCAAGUUUGCUAUUUUCUGCACAGAGCCUUUCCGUAUCCCCUUUGCUGGCCGCGUUGAUAUCGCGUGUUUCGAUAAGACCGGCACUUUGACUGGCGAGGAUCUUGUCGUUGACGGUAUUGCUGGUCUCACUCUUGGUCAGUCUGAUGCCAAGGUUGAAGCUGAUGGCGCCCAUACGGAUUUGGCAAAGGCGGAGAAUGUUAGCCCCGCUACUACUCUUGUUCUUGCUAGCGCACACGCCUUGGUCAAAUUAGAUGAAGGUGAGGUCGUUGGUGACCCCAUGGAGAAGGCUGCUUUGGAGUGGCUUGGCUGGGGUCUGGGCAAGAACGACACCCUCAUGUCCAAGGGAACUGCACCCAAGGUUGCCUCUCGCCCCGUUGAGUCCGUUCAGAUCAAGAGACGAUUCCAAUUCUCCUCUACCUUGAAGCGCCAGAGUACUAUCGCUACUAUUACUACCAAUGACCCCAAGACCUCGAAGAAGAGCAAAGCCACUUUCGUCGGUGUCAAGGGUGCCCCUGAGACUAUCAACUCUAUGCUUAUUAAUACGCCUCCUAACUACGAGGAGACUUACAAGUACUUCACUCGCAACGGUGCUCGUGUCCUUGCUCUUGCCUACAAGUACCUCUCUUCUGAAUCCGAGCUUUCCCACAGCCGCGUUAACAACUACGUUCGAGAGGAGAUUGAGUCUGAGCUAAUCUUCGCCGGUUUCCUUGUUUUGCAGUGCCCUCUCAAGGAUGACGCUAUCAAAUCUGUCCGUAUGUUGAAUGAGAGCAGCCACCGUGUUGUCAUGAUCACCGGAGACAAUCCGUUGACUGCCUGCCAUGUGGCACGACAGGUCGAGAUUGUGGACCGAGAGGUUCUCAUUCUUGAUGCCCCCGAACAUGACAACUCUGGAACCAGACUUGUAUGGCGUACUAUUGAUGACAAGCUCAACACUGAAGUUGAUCCCACGAAGCCUUUGGACCCGGAGAUUCUGAAAACCAAGGACAUCUGUAUCACUGGUUACGCCCUGGCGAAGUUCAAGGACCAAGUGGCCCUUCCGGAGCUUUUGCGUCACACUUGGGUCUAUGCUCGUGUGUCCCCCAAGCAAAAGGAGGACAUUUUGCUUGGUCUUAAGGAUGCUGGUUACACCACCCUGAUGUGUGGUGACGGUACAAAUGACGUGGGUGCUCUGAAGCAAGCCCACGUUGGUGUUGCCCUUCUUAACGGCUCCCCCGACGACCUGACCCGUAUUGCCGAGCACUACCGCACCACUAAGAUGAAGGAGCUGUACGAGAAACAGGUUGGUAUGAUGCAGAGAUUCAAUCAGCCUCCUCCUCCGGUCCCUGUGCACAUCGCUCACCUCUACCCCCCUGGCCCUGGUAACCCACACUACGAGAAGGCCAUGGAGCGUGAGAUGUCGAAGAAGGGUGCCAAGGCCGGCGAGCCGAUGCCCACUAUCACCUCUCCUGGUGCCCAAGCUCUUCAGCAGAUCACGACUCCUCAGCAGCAGCGACAGCAACAAGCCCAAGCUGCUGCGGCGGGUCUUGCUGACAGGCUCACCUCUUCUAUGUUGGAAUCAGAGUUGGAUGACAGCGAGCCACCCACCAUCAAGCUGGGUGAUGCUUCUGUUGCUGCUCCAUUCACCAGCAAAUUGGCUAAUGUUAUUGCAAUCCCGAACAUCCUCCGCCAGGGUCGUUGCACUUUGGUUGCGACAAUUCAAAUGUACAAGAUUCUUGCACUGAACUGUUUGAUCAGCGCCUACAGUCUGAGUGUUAUCUACUUAGAAGGUAUUAAGUUUGGCGAUGGCCAGGUCACCAUCAGUGGUAUGCUGAUGAGUGUCUGCUUCUUGUCUAUUUCUCGUGCUAAGUCUGUUGAGGGUCUGUCUAAGGAGCGACCGCAGCCCAACAUCUUCAACGUGUACAUCAUUGGGUCCGUUCUUGGUCAAUUCGCCAUCCACAUUGCCACAUUGAUCUACCUCUCCAACUACGUCUACAAGGUUGAGCCGAGAGCCAGCGAUAUCGACCUGGAGGGCGAGUUUGAACCCUCUCUCCUGAACAGCGCCAUCUACCUUCUUCAGCUCAUCCAGCAAAUCUCCACAUUCUCCAUCAACUACCAGGGUCGUCCGUUCCGUGAGUCCAUUCGUGAAAACAAGGCCAUGUACUGGGGUCUUGUCGCAGCCUCGGCUGUUGCUUUCUCCUGUGCCACCGAGUUUGUUCCCGAGAUCAACGAGAAGUUGCGCCUGGUUCCCUUCACCAACGAGUUCAAGGUUACCCUGACCGUGCUGAUGGCUUUCGAUUAUGCUGGUUGCUAUGUAAUUGAAAACGUGCUCAAGCACCUAUUCAGUGACUUCCGUCCUAAGGAUAUCGCUGUUCGCCGUCCUGAUCAGUUGAAGCGCGAGGCGGAGCGCAAGGCGAAGGAGGAGGCCGAAGCUGAGGCCCUGAAAGAGCAGCAGAGAGCCGUUUAA